UUUUGAAGGAACAUUAUUAACCACUUGUUCAGACACCUCAGCAAGUUCAGUGAGUCGAUGACUUGGCAAGUUCACUUCAUUAAAGGCUGAACAUGAAGAGAUGAAAGCUGGACUGUAAUAUGAGUUAAUGCUAGUGAAUCGGCCAAGAAUCAAGGUAAUGAAGAAAUACAUUUGAAAGGAUUAACAUUGCUGUGGAAUUUACCGUUCCACGAGGUCGAUCCUGUGGGAUUCAAGAGGAAGACUGUGAAAGAGCAGGGUUUUGCUCCUUCCUCCGAAGACUCUAGUACUGGCUAUUAUUGGAGACAGGAUAGCAGAAUGCAUGGACACAGACUCCGGCUUUGAGCUGUAGCAUCAUCAGAAAUUUUCACAAGCAAACAUCCAGAGCCACCUUAAAAAAGCAACAUGAAAGAAACUAAGAAACCAGCUGCAACUGAGAAAUUCUGCUGUAUUUCCAAGUUUAAGGUAUUUCUGCUGGCAUCAUCAUUUGCAUAUCUAGCUAAAACUAUGUCUGGGGCUUACAUGAAUAGCAUGCUCACACAGAUAGAGAGAAGAUUUAAUAUUCCAGCCUCUCUGGUGGGCAUUAUUAAUGGAAGCUUUGAAAUUGGAAACUUGUUGAUGAUAGCAUUUGUGAGUUACUUUGGUGCAAAACUUCAUAGACCAAGAAUAAUUACUUUGGGGUGCACAGUUAUGUCUUUUGGCUGUCUUUUGAUAUCACUACCUCAUUUUCUCAUGGAACGGUAUCAGUAUGAAACUGCCCUUUCACCAUUAGAGAAUUCUUCAUCAAGCAUGUCCAUGUGUCUCAUAAAUCAAGGCCAGUCCUUCACACCUAUGGAGAAAAAAUCAGCAGAGUGCGAACAAAAGUCUGGGUCCUUGAUGUGGGUGUUUGUGUUGGUAGGAAACAUGAUACGAGGCAUUGGUGAAACUCCCAUCAUGCCGUUAGUCAUUUCAUAUGUGGAGGAUUUUUCCAAAGCAGAAAAUUCACCUUUUUACAUAGGGUGCCUACAGAUAGCAACUGUGAUAGGUCCUUUUAUUGGUUUCAUGUUGGGAUCAUAUUGUGCACAGCUGUAUGUGGAUCUGGGAUUCACAGAUAUAGAGGAGGUGACUAUAACACUUACUGAUGCCCGUUGGGUUGGGGCAUGGUGGCUGGGCAUUCUGAUUUGUGGAUCAGUAAAUCUGCUCGCUGGAAUACCUUUUUGUUUUCUGCCCAAGUCCCUUCCAAAGGAAGGACAAGCAAGUGAUACUGAGCUAUUAAGUAAGAUAAAUGAAUCAAAAGAGAGAGGUGAAACUCAAGCCAAAUUGAAAAUGCGUGAAAUCACUAAAGAUUUCAUCCCAUUCCUCCGGAGUCUGUUUCACAACCCAGUUUAUAUGUUGUUUAUAUGCAUAACUGUGAUGCAGUUCAGUGCUUUCAUUGGUAUGAUAACCUUCAUGCCAAAAUAUUUGGAACAACAGUAUGGGAAAUCUGCAUCACAAGCCAUCUUUUUAAUAGCUGUUUACAAUUUACCAGUUAUAUGCAUUGGAUAUUUUCUUGGAGGCUUUCUAAUGAAGAAAUUCAAGAUAAGUACCAUUCAAGCUGCCAACAUAGCCUUUUGGAUCUCUUUAAUUGAAUACCUAAUCUACUUCGCUGCUUAUUUCACGGUCUGUGAAAAUUCUCCAGUUGCUGGUCUAACAGUCUCCUAUGAAGGAAUAGAACAGGUCUCAUACAUGGAAACAACCCUACUUGCUGACUGUAACAGUGAUUGUGAUUGCUCAAGUAAAGUGUGGGACCCUGUUUGUGGGAAGAAUGGAAUAACGUAUGUUUCACCUUGUCUUGCUGGUUGUAAAGCUUCAGAUGGAACAAGCAAAUAUAUAGUAUUUGAAAAUUGCACCUGUGUUGCAGCUUCUGGAUUUUCAUCUGGAAAUGUCUCUGCGGUUCUGGGCCAGUGUGAUAAAGAAGCAAACUGUGACAUGAUGCUUCACUACUUUUUAAUAUUAUCAGUAGUCUGCAGCUUCAUUUAUUCCUUAGGAGCCAUGCCUGGAUAUAUGGUUUUAAUAAGGUCUCUAAAGCCUGAAGAAAAGUCAUUUGGUGUGGGUAUCCAUAUACUUGCUUCAAGAGUAUUUGCUGGAAUUCCAUCUCCCAUUUAUUUUGGAGCUUUGAUAGACACAACAUGUUUGAAAUGGGGAACUCUGAGUUGUGGUGGUGAAGGAGCAUGUAGGAUGUAUGACAUUGUCACAUAUAGAUGGCUCUACCUGGGACUGCCAGCGAUAUUACGUGGACUGUCCUACAUCCCAUGUGUGUUAAUUCUCCUUAUUUUAAAGAAACAACUUAAAUCUUCUGAAGAGAAGAGCUUAAAUAGUUCACCAAUGGCAACGGAGGUCAUAGAAGAGCAAAAAUGACUGAACAGAGAAGCAUUCCAAAAGCUAAGACUUUUGCGGGGCAUAUCAUGAGACAGCCUCAUAGUAUAAACUUGAGCAUAUCUUUACUAAUGAUUGGUGAUUGAAACUAGUGAACACUUGGACUGAGACUAAUAUAAUUAUUAGGGCUGUCAAGGGAUUAAAAAUAUUAAUCGCAACUAAUCAUGCGAUUAAAAAAAUUAAUCGCGAUUAAUUGUGCGAUUAAUUGCACUGUUAA